AUGUUGGAAGAUGUACCCAUACACGGAUGUCGUAGUGAUCUUAAGAGUAAGCCUCCUACGCAUCAAAGGAACCUUAGUUUGGAUUUUAGACAUGUGACAGGCGCAAACGGGCCGCCAGCAGGAUGCGGCCACCAAAGAAACAGAUCAUUGGAUUCCGUUCUUCAACGAAUACCAGAGGACAUGACACCGACUUCACCAGAUGGCGCACCGCUUCGCAUAUCUUGCGAAGCGCCCGCGCCGAGGCUAGCGCUACCACCCGAAGUCCCGACUGGAUCAGAUGAUUCAGGCAUUCAUACUCCUCCUGAUGGGAAUGAUGAGGAUCGACCUCAACCACCUGCUGCAGCCAGAUCGAGAGAAAGUCUCGAUUCUGGAAAUCCAGAAGACACUGAAAAGCCACCUGAUCCACCUGACACAGUUUUAGAAUCAUCAAAUACUUCUGCUAGUGCCACUUCUUCUGAAGCGGCUAAAAAAAAAGACUUUCUCCUACGACUUUUUGAAAGUAAACUAUUUGAUAUGAGUAUGGCGAUUUCAUAUCUUUUUAAUUCUAAAGAACCCGGUGUGCAAACUUACCUAGCCAACAAAUUGUUCUCAUUCCCACACGAAGAUGUAGAUUUCUAUCUCCCACAAUUAGCGACAAUGUAUAUAGAAAUGGGAGAUGUAGCGGAGGUAUUACGACCGUAUUUGGUGUAUAGGUGUAAACAAAGUGCAGAAUUUUCUUUGCGACUGGCAUGGUUAUUGACAGCAUUUUGUGGUGACGCGAAAAAAUCAAGAGCUACGAAGUUAAGAGAUUCUAUUCUUGCCGAGGAAAUCAGGCCAGCAGCGCGCAGAGGUCAUCACAGAUCACAAUCAGACGCCUCGGCUUUAAGGCUAGCCACUCCGUCGGGGCGGCACUUGGGAGACCUCGCAUCGGGUCGGGCUUUCGAUAAUGGCUGUCUUUGUGGCGAGCAAUGUUCCUGCGGAGCACCAAGGCUUGCGCCACAGACACAGUUUCUCAUGUCGCUCACGAAUAUCGGACGUCGUUUAGCCGGUGUGGCGGAUAAGGAGCGGCGAAAUGGCAGGCUCAGGGCCGAGCUCGCUACGUUAGACCUCAAUCUACCAGCUCGAGUAUGGUUACCACUACAUCAAAAACCUCACUACGUUUUGAGGAUACCGCCGCACGCUGCUGCUGUCCUCAAUAGUAAAGAUAAGGCGCCAUACAUAAUGUACGUGGAAGUGUUAGAGACGGACGGACACGAGCCGCUGCCGCCGCGUCUGUUGCCGCCGGCGCCUCCCGCGCCCCACUCGCCACCGAUCAGACAUACGAAGAGUGAAGAGAAUCUCGUACCGGAAUGGCCGGCUUUGUCACUCUAUUCAGCUUUAGACGACGUGGAUGCAGGCGACUGUUGGAGUCACGAUGAUGAUGAACACGCGCCAUACACGCAAUACACGCCUAAAUUGCCCGCCCCAGAUAGCGUGUCGCAGGUGUCGGCUCUAUCGGCGCUGUCCGCGCUGUCGACGUCGUCGUGCGGGUCGCGCGAGUCGGUGGCGGUGGGCGCGGGGGAGGUGCGGCGCCGGCUGGCCGACGCCACGGCCGCGCCGCCGCCCAACGCCUUCAAGCACGACCCGGCCGACCCAUCCGCGCUCGCACUCAAGGAAUCGUGGGAGAGCAAGCUGGCCCGCAUGCGGUCGUCGUCGCCGUACGGCUCGCUGGCGGGCUGGCGGCUGCUCGGCUGCAUCGUGAAGGUGGGCGACGACCUGCGUCAGGAGAUGCUGGCGGCGCAGCUGCUGCGGCGGCUGCGCGCCGUGUGGGAGCUCGAGCGCGUGCCGCUCCGGCUGCGCCCUUAUGAGAUACUCUGUCUCGAUCGUGAGAGUGGACUCAUACAGCCCGUGCUAAACUCAGUGUCACUACAUCAAAUAAAGAAGCAAUCGGGCAAAUCUCUCCGGGCGUGGCUCGAGCUCGAGCACGGCCCGCCCAACAGCGAGGGCUUCCUGCGCGCGCAGAAGAACUUCGUAGAGAGCGCCGCCGCGUACGCCCUCACUAGCUAUCUACUACAGCUAAAAGAUAGACACAAUGGGAACAUUCUAUUGGACAGUGCAGGACAUAUCAUACAUAUUGACUUUGGAUUUAUCUUCUCCAUUUCACCGAAAAAUUUAGGAUUCGAGAGUUCUCCUUUUAAGCUGACGGGCGAGUUCGUGGAGGUGAUGGACGGCGAGAGCUCGGACAUGUUCGCGUACUUCAAGAUCCUCAUCCUGCGCGGCCUCAUCGCCGCGCGCAAGCACUGCGACCAGAUCAUACACAUCGUCGACGUCAUGCGCAUGGGCGGGCAGCUGGCGUGCCUGCGCAGCAGCGGCGCGGUGUCGGCGCUGCGCGCGCGCUUCCACGCCGGCCGCACGGAGCCGCAGCUGCGCGCGCUCGUGGACCGCCUCGUGCGCGACGCGCUGCACUCGCUCUCCACGCGCCUCUACGACAACUACCAGUACUACACCAACGGCAUACUA